CGAUUACAGAAAGAACUAUUGGCAUUUCAAAAUGAUCCACCUCCGGGAAUGACUCUAGAUGAAAAGAGUGUACAAAAUUCAAUUACACAGUGGAUUGUAGACAUGGAAGGUGCUCCAGGAACACUAUAUGAAGGGGAGAAAUUUCAGCUUUUAUUUAAGUUUAGUAGUCGGUAUCCUUUUGAUUCGCCUCAGGUCAUGUUUACUGGAGACAAUAUUCCUGUUCAUCCUCAUGUUUAUAGCAAUGGUCAUAUCUGUUUAUCCAUUCUAACGGAAGACUGGUCUCCAGCUCUCUCAGUGCAAUCUGUUUGUCUUAGCAUUAUUAGCAUGCUUUCCAGCUGCAAAGAAAAGAGGCGACCUCCAGAUAACUCAUUUUAUGUAAGAACAUGUAACAAGAAUCCAAAGAAAACAAAAUGGUGGUAUCAUGAUGACACAUGUUGAUGCCACCAUUUUGUGAUCCUCGUAGCAGAAGAUAGUCCUACUGAGAAAAUGAGCACUUUGAUCAUUCAGUCUUUGAACUUUAACCUUUGACUGGAAGUGACCUAUAGGCAAUGAAGACUACUUCCUUUGACUGCAUUUUUACUAGUGUGCAUUCUGGGCGCAUGUUGAUCGCUGGUUCAGUCCAUGCAACUGACAUGCUUUUAUUAGUCAUACAGUAUUAAUGCAGGUGUCCAGAAAUGUCAGAAUAAUUCCAUUAUUUUUAUUUUAAGCUUUUGGAAGAAUUCCAGGUCUUCAUAUAUUGUGCAAUAACACUGAGCUCCUUGGCGGUUUUGGUGCAUCCAUUGCCGGCAAUGGACAUUGUACCAGGGAAAGGUUUUGCUCCUGCCACAAAAAAGAUUGACGCAUGACAGAGCUUACGAAAGUUUUGGAUACAUUUGGAUUAUAAGCAAGGGAUUGACAAUUACCUUAAAUCCAGCCCAUUCUUUUAUAUUUGGAUUCUAUGCACUGUGACCACAAAACUAGCAGCAUGAGUUAACAUGCCUAGCUGAAGGACUGUAAUAAGAUCAUUACAUAUUUAUUGAAUUGUUUAUCUGCUGUCAAAUUGUUUUGACAUGGGCGGCUUUUCAAGUGACAUUGGCAGAGAGGUACAAUGUUAUCCCUAUGGUGAAAUAAAACUACUUUUUGUAUAUAGUUAUUCAUAUCUCUGAAGCAAAGGUAUGAGUAAUUUAGGGUAUGAGUGAUUUAAACAAGAAUUUAUUUUGGAGAUAGAGGAUGGCAGUGAUAUAACUGAACUUGCUGCAGUCCGUAAUUGGGCUUGUAAUUUGUACUUUAGAGCUUUUUCCAAAUAGAUUGCACACUGUUAUUUCCUGCUAGCCAUCAGCAUGAGCCCUACUGCCUACACCAAUAUUUCAUUUAUUUAUGUGUUCAAAAGCAAUCCAUAUAACAUUUUUUGUUUGCAUUCACUGUUUCUUUUGUGUUGUAUGUCAUGUUUGAAUGUUACAAAACAAUAUUUUGAUUGAAAAGCUUUGUCAGAAGAUAUUUUCAUGUAAAUUAUUUCUUUAUCUUGUAAGCAUCAUCUUGUCUUUUAAUCCUGUACUAUAAAAAGAAAAAAAAAUACAUUUUUGACAGAGGCUUAAAGUUUUCACAAAAAAGUGUGGACCUUCUUAUUUAAGUUUAGACUAAAGUAUAUUUUCUUAACUUGCUUGUCCCAUGCAGCCAUGGCAAUUUUUCCGGGCUUUUACUUCACCAAAAAAGGGGAAAAAGCCUAAAAUCAGACAUUUUUCUGUGGAGCAACAUUUAUUGAAAUGAUAGUUGUUCUCAGCACUCUGUAAUAUUUUGAUACUGCAAUUAGGUUGUCUUUUUAGGAAGCACUUUUAUAAACUUAAUACCUUUACACAUAUGCAAAAUUUCUAUAAUUUUUUUUACUGUUGCCUUAUUGUUGCACUCAAAAAGAAAUUCAAGCAAUUAAUGCAUGAAUGUCUAAAUCAAGUAGCUACUUGAUGUAAAAACAAACAAACAAAAGCAAAAAAAAUCCCUAAACCCAAUCCAGAAUGAAUUACUACAGUAACAGAAAAUUGGCUGAAAAGACUGAUUUUUUUUUUUUUAAUCUGCUGUAUGAUAACUGACAUGUUUUAUAGCCUUGUACAUACUUCUCUGUUACCUAUUGUUUAAAACA